UGUCACACCAAACAAUCUUUUUUCCAUCCUGAAACUGAUGGUUUGGAAGAUUUUUUCGGCAUUUGCCUCACAUGCAGUGAGUCUUAUUAUAGAAGGCCGGAAAGAUGUUUUGAGAAAAGUUACCCAUGAAACGCACGAACGCAGGUGGCUAAGUAAGGGAAACGAUUUAUGUAAAGGAAUGGUGAUAGGCACACCCAUGAGUACAGAUCUUACUAAGAGGGUGAGAGACAUCUAUACAAAAUGCAAAUCUAGUAAAGGCGGCAAAUCUAGUAAAGGCGGCAAUACACCAUUGAUGAUGGCGAUAGAUAUGGGACUUAUGGAUAUGGUUUGGGGAUUCAUAGAAUGUGCAAGACAAACAAAUACAGAUCUCGAAACGGGUCAAAAGGGGGAUGGGUGUGUUCAAGAAUUCUUUUGGCUCUAUAACGAUAAGAAGCAAACAGCAUUUGACAUUGCAGUUAAAAAAGGACAUGUGGAGGUGGCGAGGCUAUUGUUGAAGAAUGCGCAUUGUUGGUGUUUGAGAUGGCAGUGGAUUCGGAGGCGAGAAGCUCUACUUCACCUGAUAAAUCAUGACCCGAAGUUUGACGGCUUCAUUUUUGAUAUGUUAGUAACAUCUACUGCAGUGCAUGGCAACGGUCAAAGAGGCAAACCGGCAAGAGUGCAUGGCAACAGUCAAAGAGGUAUUAUCAUGUAACAAGUUUUUGUUAUUUUGCUACUUUCUGGAGACUACAAAAUUAUUCCUACGCAAAAAAUAUUCACGUUUACACAAAAAAAAAAGGUAAAUAAAUAAAAGGCACUUUGCUGCCGAUUAAAAAAAUAAGAGUUAAGUGUCAUUUUAGUCCCUGUCAUUUUAGUCCCUGUGGAUCUAAAAAGGUUUUACCGUUGUCAUUUUAGUUCAAAGAUUUCAUUUUUCGC